CGAAGCUGGAGCCGGCACUGCGGCGCGCGGAGCGGAGCGAGGCGGCUAAGCCGAGUGAGCGGAGGAUCCUUUUCUACAAGAAGUUGGAACUGUACAAGUGGGCAGGCUGGCUCCGCUAUUUUGCUCCAAGGAUUACAUGUCCUUCAAACGCCCCUGCCCCUCUCGCUACAACCGUACCAGCUAUUUCUACCCCACGUUCUCAGAAAGUUCGGAGCACAGCCACCUGCUCGUGUCUCCUGUGCUGGUGGCAAGUGCAGUCAUAGGUGUGGUCAUCAUCCUCUCCUGCAUUACCAUCAUCGUUGGCAGCAUCCGCAGGGACCGGCAGGCCCGGCUCCAGCGUCACCGCCACCGCCACCGCCGCCACCAUCACCACCACCAUCACCACCGCCGCCGCCGCCAUCGAGAGUAUGAGCAAGGCUACGUGUCUGAUGGGACCUACAGCCGCUCGAGCCACAGGAUUCGCUACAGCUGCAGCCCUGUCGAAGACUGGUCCCCGCCCUUAGAUCUCAGCUCUGAUGGGGACGUGGAUGUCACAGUGCUUCGAGACCUGUACCCAGAUUCUCCCCCAGGUUAUGAGGAGUGUAUGGGGCCAGGUGCCACCCAGCUGUACAUCCCCACGGAUGCACCACCACCCUACUCGCUGACCGACUCCUACCCCGUGCUGGAUGGCAUCAUCGAUGUGGGCGGUGGCCGUCACCAGCAGGCACAGAGGAUCCUGGGCCAGGGUGGCCUCCGCACCGUCUCCAUGGAUACCCUGCCCCCUUAUGAGGCUGUGUGUGGGGUCAACCCCCCAUCAGGUCUGCUGCCGCUGCCAGGACCAGAACCAGGGCCAAGGAGCCCCCAGGGCUCACCCAUCACAACCUGGGCCCUGGUCUCUGGCCCAGAAAGGAUUCUGUGAGUGACCCAGCUAGCUAGGUCCUCCCGGUCCCUCGGGCUGAGCCACAAAGGGCGUGCACACACACACACACACA